AUGGGUCUGUCUUUUAAUAUGCUUGAGGUUGAAUAUGCACCGACGUGGUUGCUUGAUAAAAUCAGCAGGGAACCCUCAGAAUUGAUAGAAAAAAUAGCCACAACUUUAUGGGGUAUUUGGUAUGCUCGGAACUUGAAAAUAUGGGAGGGUAAACAAUUAACUCCAUCCAUUGCGAUGGAUAUGAGUGUCAAGCAGGUUAAAGAAUGGCAGGAAGCUAUGAAGCGGAAGAAUGUUGUCCAAAGUAAUCCCUCAAACUCUGUUGUUAGUAAGAAUAUUAAGUGGACACCUCCAGAACAAGCAAGAUUCAAAAUGAAUGUAGAUGCUUCUGUUUUUGCGGGAGCUUCGGCUUUCAACAUAGGCUUAAUUAUUCGUGAUGAUCACGGCUGUUUUGUUCAAGGGAAAAAUAUGUGCUUUUCUGGAUCAGUAACGGUGCUGGAAGCGGAAGCUAGAGGAGUGCAAGAGGCUAUUUGUUGGGCAGAAGAGAUGAAUAUGCACUAUUUAGUCAUUGAAACUGAUUCAGCUCUAGUAGUGGAAGCCAUGCAGAGUGAUAUCACCUACUACCUGGAAGUUGGACACAUUCUGGAGUUUUGCAAAUCAAAGCUACAACAACGAUCUGAUUUAUCCCUUUGUCAUGUCAAAAAGCAAGCAAACCGGGCUGCUCACCUUAUGGCUAGAGUUCCUUGUUUGUUAGAUAGCUACAAUUUAUUUCUGUCUCCUCCAGACUUGUUGGUUGAGACGUUAUGUUCUGAUGCUUCUUUCUAA